UCAGUUGAGAGCUGCAUCCGGGCCAGUGUAACGGAGUCAUUCCGCCGGCUUAUCUGCGAUGAUAAGCGAGUAUUGACUGGAUAUGACGCUGCGUCAAGCGGGGAGAGAUGAUGUCUGAUAGGAUCGUGCUCGGAGAUUUUCUGAUAAACUGCCUUCCCACGCUCAGACUCUUAGUCCCGCCGUCCUUCAUCUCCUCUUCAUCGCCAACAUCAUGACCCCCAGCCUGGAUACUACUGCCAUCCCGGGCACCGUCACCCUGGUGGACUUGGAACAUGUCGUCGCCACCCGCCAUGCCCGAGGUGACAGCGACAUUGUUCUGAUUCCUCAACCGUCGGAUGAUCCUGAUGAUCCUUUGAAUUGGGCUCCGUGGCGAAAGACGCUCUCGACCAUCUGUGUCAGCGUAUACACGUUGUUUGCCGGCAUUGCAUGCUCUGUCGUGUACUCGGUGCUUACGCAGAUCUCUGAUGCAACCGGCAUCUCGGUCGACACUCUUAAUCAGGGAACGGGCUAUAUGUUUCUGUUUGCCGGAUGGGGGCUGUUGUUCUGGCAGCCUUUGGCACUGCAGUAUGGCAAGCGGUUGACUUUUAUUCUGUCCUUGAUCGGUAUGCUGGGCACGUCGAUGUGGGGUCCCUACAUUCACACCAACGGUCAGUGGAUUGCAAGGAGUAUACUUUCGGGGUUCUUCCUUGCCCCUAUUGAAGCCCUCCCAGAAGUGACCGUAACGGAUGUGUACUUUACCCAUGAGCGGGGGACCUACAUGGCAUUGUAUGCGUUCUUCCUCGCAGGAAGCAAUUACUUUGCCCCGGUGAUCUGCGGGUUCAUCGCCCAGUACCAAGGCUGGCAAUGGGUAUUUUACUGGCCCAGCAUUUUCUGCGCCGUCGGCAUCGUGUUUCUGUUCUUCUUUAUGGAGGAGACCAACUACGUGCGCGAAAAGCCAGCCCCGAUGACUCCGACGGAGUCUUUGCGGAUGUCGGAGCAGGGCGAGAAGGAGAAACGCCCGGCUACUGAUAUAUCCCCGGGGGACGCCGAGUGCGGGGUGAUGUACAAGAAGAAGACAUAUCUGCAGAAGUUGUCACUUCUCGGGCCCAGUUUGCCGAGGAAUAACAUGUUCCGGCGACUCUACCAGACAUUGUAUUAUCUGAGCUGGCCAGUGGUAUUCUACGCAGGAUUCUCGUAUGGCUCAUAUCUCAUCUGGUUCAAUGUGUUGAACGGCACGGCCUCGGUCAUCCUCGGUGGUGCGCCUUAUCACUUCAGCUCCGCCAUGGUGGGUCUCAGCUAUGUAUCCUGUAUUGUCGGGACCAUUCUCGCUUUCCUCUUCACCGGACGAUUCAGUGACUGGCUCACGAUCCGCCUUGCGAGACGCAACAAUGGUGUCAUGGAAGCCGAGCAGCGGUUAUGGCCAUUCGCAGUGUGUCUGCUGAUCGUGCCGGGAUCAUUGCUGCUGUGGGGUGUAGGCGCCGCGCACCAGAUACAUUGGUUCGGACUAAUCGUGGCGAUGUGUCUGUUGGCACUGGCCAACACGUGCGGCAUCACGCUGAGCGUCAACUACCUGGUAGACAGCUACCGAGAGCUCAGCGGGGAUGCGAUGGCGAGUGUGAUUCUCGUCCGCAACACCAUGUCAUUUGCCAUGGGAUACGGAAUCACCCCCUGGGUCGACCACCUCGGCUACCAAAAUUGCUUCAUCUCGGCCGCUUUUGUGGGAAUGACCUGCGCGGCAGUCUUCCUGGUGAUGAUCAAAUACGGCAAGACAUUCCGGAUGCACAGUCGCGAGAAAUAUUGGCGGAUUGUAGGGGAGAACUGGGAACGGGGAAUGGGACAUUAGCUUCGCCUGA